CGUCUUCAGAGGAGCUGCCCUUGCGCAAUAAGCUUUCUAUUUAUCCGGUAGUACCAGUGCCUCUUAUACUUUGGGAAAUCCAUGCAGCAGUUUCAGGGAUUUCAGACUUACAGAAAGUAUGUCUGUCUAUUGAGCUCUGCAGACUAUAUAACAACAGGUUUGUCCAGAUCUUUGAUCUACGACAGCACAGGAUGCAAGGACUUUAUGGCGUUUUACUCUUUUUCAUCUUUGUCUGCUGCAUCAGGGCUAAGAAGACACGCUGGUGCACAGUGUCAGAUCCUGAACAGAGGAAGUGUGCAGAACUAGCUAAAGCUCUGGUGGCAGUGCUGCCGCCAGCUGAUGUGGCUGCUUUUGCCAGACUCUCGUGCAUACGAGCGUCCAGUACGACUGAUUGCAUCGAUAGAAUCAGGGCAAAUCGUGCUGAUGUAGUAACGUUAGAUGCAGGAGAAGUUUAUUCGGCCGUGAAGCAGUUUGGCCUUGUUGCCAUCGCCAAGGAGAUAUACAGUGACGGAGGCUGUAUUCUUUCUGUGGCUGUGGUGAGAAACCUCAGUUUGGACAUACGAUCCCUGCGGGGCCAAAGAAGCUGUCACAGCGGGGUCCGAUGGACGGCUGGAUGGAGUCUUCCACUCGGCUUCUUAUUGUCCCGCAACUACCUGAGCUGGUCCAAAGAACAGCCACUCAGUCAGGAAGUCAGUACCUUUUUCAGUGCCAGCUGUGUUCCCGGGGCUGUUGCCAUGGCAUCACCUCUGUGUGCUUUGUGCCAAGGCCAGAAGUCCUAUAUUCGCCAGAAGAAUUACCACUGCGAAACGUCCCACAGUGAACCCUUCUACAACAGCCAAGGGGCCCUCAGAUGUCUCAGGAGUGGGACAGGAGAUGUUGCAUUUGUGGACCAUUUAGCUCUUGAAAGUAUUGAAGAUAGUGAUAGAGAUGAGUUCAGGUUACUGUGCACAGAUGGCACACAAGCUCCUCUCAGCCACUACAGAAACUGUAAUCUGGGACGUGGUCCAGGAGGCAGCGUGGUCACCAGAUUUAACUUUCGCAAGAUUGCUCACAAAUUUCUCAUGAUGGUGCAGAUGCUGUUUGGCCAACAAGGAAGAAAGAGGCAGCGCUUCCAUCUCUUCAACUCAUCUUCUUUUGGAGAAAACGACCUUCUCUUCAAAGAUGUGACAGAUAAACUAGCUUUUCUGCCAGAUAAUAUGGAUGUCAGUCAGGUGCUGGGGCUCGAUUAUGUGGCACUCCUCAAAGGUCUCGGACAUGAAGGAAGUUCACUGGAGGACAGUGUUGUGCGUUGGUGCUGUAUUAGCCAGGCAGAGCAGAAGAAAUGUGAGCAGUGGGCUCUAAGUAUAAAGUCAGACCCACUGGUGUGUGUCAGAGCCGUCUCAUUGCGCGACUGUAUCGAGAAAAUUAAGAGGGACGAGGUGGAUGCCGUCUCGCUGGAUGCAACUCACUCUUUCAUCGCAGGAAAAUGUGGCCUUGUCCCCGUGGUUACAGAAUAUUAUGGAGGAAAAUGUGUUCCGGCUGAGGGAUCAACCCACUUAGAGACAGACGUGUUGCCCUCAGUGGUGGGUGUGGCCAUGGCAAAGCGCUCCAACAAAAACAUAUUCAUUGGGAACCUCGGAGGCCGGCGCUCUUGUCAUGGCCACAUGUACAGUCCGGCAGGCUGGCUGCUGCCAUACAGACACACGUUAAGUCUGGAGCAUAACAGCAGCUCCCCCUGUGAUCCAAACCAAGUGUACAACGACGUGUUUUGGAAAGGUUGCCUACCUGGGUCUCAGGGGAAUCUGUGUAAAGUGUGUCUGGGAGGCACAGGGGAGGCUGCCACCAAACGCUGCGCUGACAACCACAAUGAACGUUACUAUGGCAACAUGGGCGCAUUAAGGUGUCUGGUCGGAGAUCCCAGUGGUAAAAGCUACGGUGACGUGGCCUUCCUCGAGCAACACAACCUUUUUGACAACAUCCUCAGUUUGAGUUCCACCGGGUGGGCAGAGGGGUGGACGUCAGCAGACUAUGAGCUGCUGUGCAGUGAUGGUCGUCGGGCCCCGUUGUCGGAGUGGGAGAGCUGUAACCUUGGAGCAAUCCCACCGAACAUCAUCAUGACACGGCCGGUGCUCACUGCACGAGUGUAUGACUUCCUCAUGAAGUCACAGGAAACUUUGGCAGCCAACCCAAACGCAGAAUUCAAGCUCUUUGAGUCUCAGCAAUAUGGAGAAAGUGAUCUGCUGUUCAAAGACGCAACUCAGUGUUUUGUCCACACAAGCCACAUGGACUACCGCUCCAUCCUUGGAGAGGAAUUUUACAGUCAGGCAGAAACUGCCUUCAACUGCACACGCUCUGAUAUCUUGGAGUUUUGUAAUCAGGACGUGUGCAGCAUAUUCUAAUGGACGCACAGAGGGAAACAUUACCUUUCUCUGUGCUACUCUGUGCAGUGGUUCAACACUUCAUCCACUAACUUGUUUCAUCCAUAUCUGAUGACUGAAAAUCAUCACUGGUGUCAUCCUGUUAACAGCUGAGAUUAAAGUAAAAUAAACUCUGCUACCUGACUAUACAGCUAUCCUUUACUAUUAACUAACUAUACUAUAAUAAACAUGUUAAAGGAUAGAGAAAAGCCUUCAGCAACUUCCAAUUGCCAUUAACUUAAAAUGUUAUGUUGCGUAUAAUCUUCAGCUAGUAUUUUUUUAAAUACCUAACAUAUUACUUUUGUAUUUUUAGACCUUAAAAAUAAUUCUGUCAUUAGCACAGCAAAGUGCAAACACAAAGCCUCACACAAAGAAGUUGAGUUGAGUUGAUAGUCAGCAUUGACACAAAAGAGAUGAAUACAUUUGUAAAUAUAUGGAUCUAAUAUCCAUGUGUAGGAUACAAAAAUGUAACCAUUUGUUACAUUUUUACAUGCACCAAAUAUAUCCCUGUAUUUGUUAUUACAUAUUAAAGUGAGUUUAAGACUGGGAACCAUUAGAUAUGUGGGGAUGCCAUUUUAAAGCAAUGCUUAUUAUUAUCGUUCAUCAGUCUUACAGCAGCUCUGAAAUUAAUGGCCUCAGCCCUGGAGGAUAUACAUGUCUACACAUAUUUUAUUAAGAACUUUGAGAUUGAAGCUCACAGAAAGUGAUACAGCUGAAUACAGCUAGGACUAAUACAUUAUACUUGGUUUGUUUUUGUAACACAAUGUAUGUUUUGCAUCGAUAUGUAAUGUAAGGUGUGUAAUGCAGAUAAGUAGGUGCAAAGUUUUUCAAUCAUCUUUUUUCUAUAUUACCUGUGUCUGUGUAAAGUAAUAACUUUAAGAAAUAAUUUAAAGAUAUCAAAUCAUUGUGGGAACAAUUUAUCCUCAAGAAUCAAGGAUUUCUAUCUCAAAUCAUAAAAUGGUAUGUAAAUACCAAUACAAAAUUGAUCACAAAACAGGGAUUUUAUGAUUUUAGUGUCUGCACAGUAAUGGAAAUAAAAACAUUCAUGGAUG